AUGCAUUUUGGAACAGGGGGGAGUAGUAUUUCUUUUGUCCCCAGCUUCGGCAAGGACCACAUAACUUUUCUGUUGUGUGACUAUCGCCUAAUACCACCUUACAAGUAUGACGCUAUCAUAAGCUGUGGAAUGAUCGAACAUGUUGGCCAUGAAUACAUGGACGAAUUUUUUGCCUGCUGUGAGUCUUACUUGGCUGAAGAUGGCAUAUUGGUCCUCCAGUUCAUCUCAAUUGCAGAGGAACGGUACGAGCAAUACAGAAGAAGGCCACACUUCGUCAAAGAAUACAUAUUCCCUGGCGGUUGCAUUCCUUCUUUGGCCCGUGUAAUGUCUGCCAUUACCACGUCAUCAAGGUUCAGCAUAGAGCAUGUCGAGAAUAUUGGGCCCAACUACUACACAACUCUGAUGCACUGGAGGGACAACUUCAUGGCCAACAAGGAUCAAGUUUUGGAACUGAGCUUUGAUGAGAAGUUCAUCCGUAUAUGGGAGUUUUACCUCAUAUACUCUGCGGCUGGUUUCAAGUCACGAGCAGUUGGAGAUUACCAGAUACGUAUUUAUGUUGUUUUCUCUCGUCCAGGCAACCGUCGGCUAGGCCUGCCUUGA